CGUAGGAUUCGAUUGGAUCUUGAUUUCUGAAAUCAAGAUCCAAUCGAAUCAAUCGAUUCGAUUGGCUAACUGUUUCUCUUUUCUCCUCCUCGUCACCUUCUACAUAGCACUUGCGUAGGGUAGAUACAUGGCAGCUCCUGGGCAUGUAGCAGCUGAGGAGGAGGAGGAGGAAGAAGAGAAGAACUACAAAACGAUGAGGAGGAGGAACAGGAGGACGAGGAGGAAGAGGAGGGGCAGGACCCGGAGAAGGAGGAGGAGGAGGAGGAAAAAGAAGAAGAGGAGGUGGAGGACGAAGAGGAGGAAAGAGGAGGAGGAGGAGGAGGAGGAGGAAAAAGAAGAUGAGGAGGUGGAGGACGAAGAGGAGGAGGAAGAGGAGGAAGAGAAGGAGGAGGGAGAGGAGAAGGAGGAGGACUCACCUCGUUGCAGCAGCAGGGGCACUCUCCCGGCGAAGGCUCCAGCAGCGGCGGCAAUGGCUCCAACAGCACAACAGCGAGGCGGUGGGGAAACGGGGCAGCAUGCCGUCAGCGCCGACAGCCCCUACACACAGGCGGCCGGCGGGGACGAGCAGCAGGAACAACGGCGACGAGGAGCUUUAGGGUUCGCCGACUGCGUUUGUGGCGCUUCGGCAGAGCUGGUGUUGUGGUUUGACGAUGACCAGACUAUUGCUGCUGUGUUUUUCCCGACGCUGACCGAGUGCGGGGCGGCGCCGGAGGGGGGAGAUCUGGGUUCUGGUGCUGCUACUCAGCUGCAUCGUGGCGAGAGUUGUGGUCAGUUCAACGACAGCAAGGAUGAGGAGCCUCCACAAAUGACGACUUCGUCGUUGAGGCGAAGAGACCUGUUUGUGCUGUCUAUAACUGGGGUCCAGAAUGACGCUCCGGAACAAGAGGAGCGUGGGGCAGCUACAUUAAAGGUGGCAGUCUCUUCAGAGGUCGACUUGGAGACUAGCGAGGGCCAGGUUAUGGAGGAGGGAACCGCGGGCGGCCAGGGCACGCAAGGCACUCUGCAAAAGAGGAGGGGAGAUCGUCAUAACGAGUUGGCCGGCUCUUCGAAAAAUUGAAGAGCACGGCCCCGAGGACUGCGGAGGAGAAACGGAAGGGAACUGAGAGGGAGCAGGGCCGGCCAGGUACCAAACGUCCGGCUUCGAAACAAACGCAGCCUGCGUCU